UUGGUACAGUGUCAGUGGGUAUACCAGAGCACGUAUAAAAGAAUAUAGAUUAAGUAGGCCUAAUAUAGAUUGACAAUUUGCAAUUGAUAAGUUUGCUCUGGCUUAUGCAGGAUUGAAGCUUAAUUCUGACUGACUUGAUGCAAUGGAGGCAAUAUUAAAUUAUGAACGCAAGGAGGAGGACGAUCUCUAUAAUCUACUGGGGUGUGAUGAACGAUCAACGACGGAGCAGAUUUCCGCGGAGUACAGGGCGAGGGUGCUGGACUGCCACCCCGAUAAGAACCAGGACGACCCCAAGGCUGCGGAGACGUUUCGGCGGCUGCAGCGAGCGAGGGACGUUCUUACCGACGCAAAGUUGCGCGCCAGCUACGACAGGUGGCGCCUCAGCGGCAUCGCGAUUCCCUACGAGCGGUGGAUGGCGAUGUCUGGGUCCGUGCACGCGUCCAUGCACUGGGCGACGAGGACGAAAAAAGAUGCUGCCAUCGAGUCAGCAGGCAGCAGCGACGCAGCCUCGCACGCAGCGGAGCAAGUGCCAGCAGGGGGCGUCACUGCUGCCGGGCAGCGCCUACCCGCCGGCUCUCUCUCGGGAGUGACUUCAGUCGACGUUGUAAACGUGAGAUGGGAGCGGGCAUCGGCUCACAAUUCAAUGUUGAGCAAGUUUCGCAAUUAUGAGAUAUAGGUUUGUAACAACCUGUUGCUUGAAUGAAUGUAUGCGAAGGCAGCUAUGAUAGAUGUCUAUUCAUUUCUCAGGUUGAAAACGAUGGUUUCUAGCAUUCCUGUAUCAUGUGCUAUGAGGGUAGUAUUGUGAACAUAUAUGUAUAUUGGAAAUUUAUUAUCGAUAUACGAUAUACACGGAUUGAUGGUUGUAUGAAUGGGGUUGAUUGAUACUUACCUAUGGUAAUAAGAUUUUGAAAAAAUGUAAUAUUACUUCAGAUGGCAGCUAUUGUGCAGAGUUGGAGUGUAUAUUGUGCAACACUUACAGAGAUGCUUUAUUUUAUAUUUUAUUUCUAUUUUGUGCAGGCAACAGAUGGCAGCACAGUGUUGUUUUUAUUCUGUGUAUAAUAAAAUUAACACAUUACUGGAUACUACUACUAGUAGCAAAUAGUGAGAUGCCAUGUGAGGAAAAAAACUUGCAAUUACCAGAACGUUAUUCUAAGUUUUACACAAAGUUAUACUGUCAAAGUAUAAGUCAAAAUGUGUUGAAUUAUUAAAUAUAUAUAUAUAAUUUUUCGCUACAUAUAUGUAUGGGGCAGAAUACUAAUUGACAUUUUUCGUUAAGUGU